AUGAAUCCAGCAAGACGACUCCCAUCGAAAAAGUUGCAGGAUGCAGACAGUGAUAGCUCUGGCGUUUCGUUUCAGCCUGGAUCGGACGGCGACGAGUCGGACAAUAGUAUGGUCUCGACAGACGACUUGACUUUUCCUGAUCCUCCACGUCCACAGAGCGACCGUAGCCGUCACUCGAAUCGUCCUCAACUCCACGUGCGCCGCCUAGCGAGUCCAGAGGGUCUGCCGGAUUUCAGUGAUGAUCCAGACGAUGAUACAGAUGAAGAUCUCAACAAGAUUCCUCUCGAUUAUGGACGGUCGGAGAAAACCAAGGUCAAAAGGGAAUCUAUGAAGCAGCGUUGGCAUAAAUUUUGUCGGGUUAAGGCAUCGGAGCCUGAUGCUCUACCAAAGUGGAACGACCCCGAAGAUGCCCUCCGCCAACAUACACCUAGCGAUGUUCAUCGAUUUCUGAACUAUCGCCUCAAGCUUAAGACUGGCAAAGGUGGUCGGCGCUUAAAACGCAUCAAGAAAGCUAGCGCCCUUAAGGCCGAGUGGAAAUGCUUUAGCGGCUACUAUCGAAAUAUCACUCGAGCUAAGAUCAGUUCUGAAGAUAGUGAAGAGAUUCACGCGGGGAUUCGAAAGCUUAUCGUUAAAUGGGAUCUCGAUGAACAAGAACGAGGCAAAGAGCCAGUCUAUGUCCAAGAUCUGACCAAAUUCAAUGAAACUGUUAUUCGGACUCAAGAAAAACGGUUCAAUUUGGGAUUCGAGCGCAUUCAGUUAUGCCUCUUCAACAUGAUCGGUAUAUACACCGUAAAUCGCCUGGGCGCUCUUCUUUCGCUGCAAUUCAAGCAUCUCCAGGUUUCUAUUCAAAAGGAUCCACUCGGCGGCCCUCCAAUACCCCUGGUGGAGAUCCGAUCGGAGCAUACCAAGCAGUUUCUAGGAACAUCGCAAAUAAACAAUUUUCCAUUACCUGAGAUAAUCGAUGAUCCGUCGCUCAUUUUUAGUCCCCAUGUAUUCCUCUUUGGUGUGUUUUUCUGGCUGAAAGCAUUUGACCCAUCCACGCUUGACUCAAUGGAACGACUUCGAGAAUUGCUGGUCGAAGGUGGCCGGCAGCAAAUGGAAUUGCCAUUCAAGCCGGAAUUUGACGAUUGCUAUCUCUUUUGCAAGGUAGCUGUCAUGGAUGGAGAAGUAGUGCCUCAGUGGAAAAUUCCCAUGAAAGAGAGCACCAUGUCUGGACGGUUGACCAGUCUCGGAGAGAUUCAUGGAUGGCUUCAUUCCAUGUUUGCCCAUCGGUUUCGCUAUGGAGGAGGGAAGAUGUUGAAUGAGAGUGAGUGUAUUAAGCUGAUCAAUGUUCUGGAUGGGAUAGGUGCCGUGAGCGAAGCACAGCAAAAUUUGAUCAUGAAACAUACCGACAUGCGCACCUUCUUGAAUCACUACCUGCCGCGAAAUAUUGAUACGGACAUGCAAAAUAUUAUGAAUGGCCGUGAAUCAAACACCGCAUUAAUGCGCGCCAUCACCCGAAUGAGUCGUUGGAUUGAUAAGAGACGUCCUCGGCACAUUACACAUGAGCAAAGGAUGUCCAUACGGGAAAAUACAGAAUAUCUGGAGGCAAUUAAACGAAGAGAUGAACAAGCCAAAGCUUGCGAACACAAUUCCGACACCCAGAUGCUAUUGCGACUUGCAAAACUGACGCGCGACGUUACGAAUACUUCCAAUCGUCUGGCUAGAAAUUUAAAAAAGAAGACGAGGAAGGAGUUCGAUCGCAAGCAAGCGGUAAUAGACAUCGAGCGCCAGCUCUCAGGAUCCGCCGUGGAUGACGAGGAAGCCAAGGAGGUUCUUCGGACCCAAGAACAAAUGUUACCGGAGCAGAUCAAUCUUAUCCAAAAGCUCUUCACGUGGCCGACAUCUCAGUCCUUGGACUCCGAAUGGAAACGGCGCAAUACGGCUUCAGAAGCGAUCGCCCAGUAUUGUUCCGUUCUUGAAGGAGGACCUUUACGCGGGCGGCCCCCCAAGCGAUCAUCACCGAGCGGCGGAUUCGAUAACGAACAGCAAGCCGUGAAGAGGCAUCUUUCGAAUGAAACCUCUCAGCUUUCGACACGACCUGAGCGUGAAAUUCUUCUCGAAGAAUUUGAUGAACACACCCGGAAGGCAGCGAAACCCAAAGCAGCAAGACCCCGAAGAUGUUUCCAAUGCUGUGGUAAUAUGAAGCUUCCAGAUCACCGUCGUACACAAGAAUGGUCGGAGCCUAAGUCUACCGUAAGGCAUUUUCGAAAGCGGCAUCUGAACGACCGCAAAUGCAACAUGUGUGAGAUAGACCUUCUCCACGAGAUGCAUCUUCGGAGGCAUGCACAAGACGUCCACCGUCUCUGUGUGUGA